AGUCUGAUCUGAUGGUAUCCAGAUAGGCCACAGACAUCAGGAAAUAAAAUAGUAUUUUAUAGGGCAGGUAUUUUGGGAUUAUGCCCGCGGCGCGCCACGUGCGUAAUGACGAGUAUGUCCCUAAAUAGGCGAAUUAAGGCGUUGAGCCUUUGUGAACAGAAAGAGAGCAUGUCAGCGUAGUUUUUUUCCUGAGGGGGGCUGUGGAAAGGAAUUGCUCAUUCCUCACACCAACAGUGGCACAUCUGUGCGCGUCUAUGUCACCACCGGACGAGUCUCCAAGCCCAUGGAUAAAAAGGAACCGAAGGCAGCAGAAUGGUUGUUGUGGGAGCGAGUAACGGAACUUUCGGUAGUGGAAACAUGAGGUCGUCCUUCAUGAUUGAGGAUAGAGUCGGUGGCGGAGAUCCCGGGGGUUCCACUAACAUGAUGAUCUCGGAGGCUCUUGCGCCCCGGCUGCUGAAGAUUGCGCAGGACGCCGCAGAGGCUGCAGCAGCAGCGGCAGCAGCCACUUCUCCGUCCACCUCCAGUCAGCCGCAGGUCAUGGAGACGAACGGGACCAGGUGCGGGGAGCAGAUACUGAGCUACGGACGUGUGGAGAAGGUCCUGAUCGGCGGGGUCCUCACCAUGCUCACGCUGUCCACAAUAUGCGGGAACUUACUGGUGGUCAUCUCCGUGUGCUUCGUCAAGAAGCUGCGCCAGCCGUCCAACUAUCUGAUUGUGUCUCUGGCCCUGGCGGACCUGUCCGUGGCUCUGGCCGUGAUGCCGUUCGUUAGUAUCACGGACCUCAUUGGUGGUCAAUGGAUAUUCGGACAGUUCUUCUGUAACGUUUUUAUCGCCAUGGAUGUGAUGUGCUGCACCGCGUCCAUCAUGAGUCUGUGCGUAAUCAGCAUUGACAGGUACUUGGGAAUCACAAAGCCCCUGACGUAUCCUGUCAGGCAAAACGGCUGUUGCAUGGCCAAGAUGAUCCUGUCGGUGUGGCUCCUCUCUGCCUCCAUCACCCUGCCCCCUCUGUUCGGCUGGGCACAGAACGUCAACGACGGCAGAGUCUGCCUCAUCAGCCAGGACUUUGGCUACACCGUCUACUCUACAGCCGUGGCGUUCUACAUCCCCAUGUCAGUGAUGCUGAUCAUGUACUACAGGAUCUACCGAGCAGCCAAGCUCAGCGCAGCCAAGCACACCAUCACUGGCUUCCCCAGGGAAGGGGAGCAGCGUGCAGGGGUGGCUCUUCGAGGGGGGAGAGGAGGACAUGACGCUCAGCUGCCGGCGGAGUCAGGAGAGACGGGAAGCGUUGAAGGGACGGAGGCGGAGCAGGACGAGAGAGCUGAGGAUGAGGAUGAGGAGGAGGAGGAGGAGGAGAGCUUGGACUGCGUGGCAGCGGCGUUGAAGCUCCAGCGAGAGGUGGAGGAGGAGUGCAGCACCCGUGUCUCCCGCCUCCUCAAAACCGGUGAGCACUACCAACGCCGGAAGAGGAAAAACCAGUCCAUCUUCAAACGGGAGCAGAAGGCUGCAGCCACUCUGGGCAUUGUAGUUGGCGCCUUCACCUUCUGCUGGUUGCCCUUCUUCCUGGUGUCCACCGCCAGGCCGUUUGUCUGCGGCGUGGAGUGCAGCUGCGUGCCGCUCUGGCUGGAGAGAACUCUUUUGUGGCUGGGGUAUGCCAACUCCCUCAUUAAUCCCUUCAUUUAUGCAUUUUUCAACCGUGACCUGAGGACCACCUACAGUAACCUCCUGCGGUGUCGCUACAGGAACAUCAAUCGGAAGCUGUCAGCAGCUGGCAUGCACGAGGCUCUGAAGCUUGUGGAGAAGCCAGACACUGAUGCGUAAAGCUGCAGCCAGUCUGUGCAGAGAACAACAGGGAAGACACCCAGUGGGGGCUCGGGCUGUGGCUCAAGGCCACGACAGUGUCACACUGGUUAUUUCCCCAAAUUUGUGCGAUGAUUGCUGAGGCAAGAAGAGGCAGGACUGCUGGAACUGAACGGAUGCACGUGAACGUGCACAGAGGAAGCCAAACAUGUUUCAUCUGGAGCAGUGACAAAAUAACUGAGGGACAGUUAAGGCCACUGGGGUCUGAAUAGUGGCUGCAGUCAAAACAUCUGAAUGACUUUUAAGCACACUGUAACGUCCGACAAUUGUAACGACUGAGUUUAUUUUGGUACUGUUCUGCUAAACGGUGUUUUGCACGUGAUAUCGUUGCAAACGUUGGUGGAGUCUGUCCACACUGACUGUGCUGUGGAUGGAAAUCUUCAGCAGCCAGUGUAUUUCCAUUUUGAGCCAAGGAAGACGUGUCCUCGCCAACAAAAUAAAAAGGAGUUCUUAGAGCUCGGCUGGUCCACUAUAUGGCUAAAACACCAAAUGUUUUCACUUCUGGUCCUUGGUAAUCACAGUGACGCUAUUUUACACUGCUAAAUGUUAUGUAAAAAAAACAAAAAACAAUCAAUGUACACAAGUCUAGAGCCACGCUGGAACAAACCGUUCGUUGUCAAUAUCACCAUGUGUCAAAUGAGCCACAUCGUGCUCCCGUCUCCUCUGCUCAUGACAUUAGUUGAUGAACUAUUAACAGAUUAAUCUUUUUUCUUUGUGAUGGGAGUUUAACUAAGACCUAGGACGUGUCGGUACUGAAGCCAACGAGCUGUAGAUAAAGACGAAGGGAAAGACGUGAUCAUUUAGUGAAUGUGCCUGUGCCUUUUCCUGCAUUUCAUUUAGAGUUUGACGCAGGCUUUUAUCCUUCUAGGACAUUACACCGAAGAACAGAAGGAUCUAAUCUAACAAGCAGUGGCAUCACCAAACAGCCACGGAGGAGCUGAUCAGAGUAAAAGCUUUAUGUCUUUUCGGUGACGUAACUGCAAGUUACAUCUAUUCAACUUGUGUAAACUUUAUUGAUCUGAUUCGACUCCAGCUUUGACUCAACUGUUGUUAAACUCUGAUUGGUGCCCCGGGCAGGGGAGUGGGAACCUAUCCCAGCUGUCACCGGCCGCCCAGAAACAUUCACUUUCAGUCUAAUUUAAAUAGUCUCAAGACUCUUAAAAGAACCCAGAGCCUGACACCCCCUCCCUCAUCCGAUCCGCUUGAAGCCAACAUGAAUAAAUAAAGUUUUCUUUGGCUGGGAAUUUUUGCUCUCUCUUAAUUGGUUUGUAUUAAUUAUGACUUCCAGGUUCACCUCUUCCCCUCCUGCUACGUACAGAUCUGUGUACAACACUAAUUACAGGGACACAGAAGCUAAUGUGGCUGUCUGUGGGAUUAUUCAUCUCAAAACCAGAGUCUGAUGUGGACGUUGAAGGGAAGAGAGCGUUGCUGAGAUCAGCAGAGUUUAAUUAUUGGGGAAAAAAACACAGUUUCAGCUCUGGAGGAAAGUUCCUAUAGAUGCUCUGCUGUAUGUGCACAUUGAAAUAUUAAUGAAUUUAAUGUUAAUGAGAUACGUGCAAGUACAGAAAUAAGAGCAGGCAAUAAAUUGUGUGGAAGUACUGUGGCUUACUUUCUAGUUCUGUUUUUUUCAUAUGUGUAGAGAUAUUAGCAGCAAAGAAACCAACAUUUCUCUUUUUUUGUUGUAGUUUUUAAUACUUUAAAGUUUUUUCCAGUAUUACCAGGGUCCUCACUGACUUGAAAUGGUACAGCGGCUAAGCUCGAAAGAGCAACAGUUUCGGAAAACUUUCUUGUGAGCAGAGAGAGAAUGAGUCAAGAAUAAUCCACUUUAAUUUGAUCUGUCGUGUCGGUAGAUGUGACUGUGCUAGAUGUGCAUCGGUAAAAGCUCUUUAAAAACUCGUGGUUCGCUGAGGACUGAAUUUGCCUGAAAAAAAUUCAGGUUCAAGUGGGUCAACUGCUGUCAUAACUCGUGCUUCUCCGUGGACUCGCCUUCAGCCUGGUACCUGGAGGACUUCCUUCUCUCUGGGGUCUGUGAGCUGAAAAGGUCGAGAACCACUGAACUGUGCUCGUUCUGGGCUCGACUCCAUUUCCCGUCAUAUAUUACGUGU